AUGGAACAAAGGCGGCCUCCGGAAUACAUUCUCGAGGUUUUUGCAGACACUGCGUGCGUUAAGGAUGUCGUAAAAGCCAUUCUCCAUACCAUCUUCUUCCACCGCUACUUCACGUCCAUAUCGCCCCUCACCCGCGACCUCCUCGACCUUACUUUGCCCGCUAUAGACGACGUCGACUUGGAAACGCUCAUUGACCAGCGCACGGCGGCGCUGGUCAGGGCGAUUGAGAGCACGCAUCAGCAGAGGGGCCGCGGACAGCUAGCAGUUCAGUUUUUCGAAAAGAAGCGACGCAAGAGCUACUUCUUUGGAAAAGCGGAUGAGGAGGUGUGCUGGGAGCAGUGGACGCUUGAUGUUACUCUUGCAACCCCUCGGACAGAGACUGAGGUACUCAAGGUCCGUCGAGCCAUGACCAAAUCAUUGCAGAAAGCCGCGUUCAAGAUUGUCAACAUUGUCAACCAACACAAGGACCAUAUACCCCCGAUUACCACGACCGAUCAGAAUCCGUUCCCGUAUCAGAUCGUCGUCAAUCCCAAGCCCACAGCUGAUACCUGGAGCCCGCGCAUGGGAUUCUUUAGCUGA